GAAAGAAGUUUCAGCUACAUCUUACAGAUAUGGCUUGCCAUCUAAGAUCGAUAAGCUUGCCAUCCAGGCCUCACUCCAGCGAAGCUGAAGUACAACAAGAGCUGGACAUUCUAGAGGCAAUCAUCUCCUCACCAUCCACAUGUAUUGUCACAAUGUGUGAUGGUUUGAGGAGGCUUGGAGACAUCUACAGCAGUGUCGAGGAGAUGAUUCACUUGCCAAGCAACCAAGUUUGCUUUUCCCAGCAAAGGAAGAUGUUGGAUGGAGAAAUCGAGUCUUCUCUUGAGCUGCUGGAUCUCUGCAACACCAUGCAAGAGAUCUUUGUUGAGUUGAAGGCCAUCAUCCAGGAGCUUCAAAUGGCUCUGAGAAAAGGAGAUGAUGCAACUGUUCAAUCCAGGAUCCACUCCUAUAGCCGCCUGGUGAAGAAGGCUAAACAACAUUUCAAGAAGGCAAGCAAGGUCACUUCUGACAAGACAGAUUGCGCGAUGAUCAUGCUGCUGACCAAGGCUAGGGAGAUCACCAUCUCUUUACUUGAGUCUACAAUGCAGCUCUUGUCGAAGCAAAUCGAAAUGCCUAAGCAGUCUCUUGUCUCAAAGGCAUUUUACAAGAGAAAAGCAGUUGUUUGCGAGGAGGACCAAUUGCAGGCGUUGGAGUGCAACAUUGGAGAUCUUGAGAGCGGAGCAGGACAUCUGUUCAGGAUAUUGGUCCAGAGCAGAGUUUCUCUCCUAAACAUCCUUAGCUCAUAGAUACUCCUUGCGCUCUCGACAU